CAGCGAUAAGCAGCGGAUUAUAAAAUUCACACGCGUCAUAGAGUGCUGGAGUAAUUUUUGGAAUAAUUUAUUUUCGGAACUACUUUUCAAAAUCUUAUUUUAGCGAUAUGGAGGCUAUUCCAGAUCAAAAGCACUACAAUCUCACGCACUACCAACAACGCUUUAACUGGGAUUGUGGUAUUUCUUGCAUUAUAAUGAUCCUAUCGACAGCGCAACGUGAAACACUGCUACACGACUUUAACAAAAUAUGUGCGGAGGAAGGUUUCGGUUCCAGCACUUGGACAAUCGAUUUGUGUUACCUGCUGCAACGCUUCCAAGUUCGUCACGAAUACUACACCAAAACGCUGGGUAUCGAUCCAAGCUACAGUGAACACAGUUAUUACACAAACAUUAUUGAUAAGGACGAAAAACGUGUGACCCGCAAGUUCAAGGACGCACGUCUACAUGGGCUGCGUGUCGAGCAGCGUACCGUAGAAAUGGAAGAACUACUACAGCAUUUGGGGAGACGAGGUCCUGUGAUAUUAUUGACCAAUGCAUCGUUGCUCACAUGCGAAGUUUGUAAAAAGAAUGUGCUUGAGAAAUUCGGUUGUUUCCAACUCUCUUGUAUCGUUGACAAUACACGCACCCCCCAAAGUUAUGCUGGACAUUACGUUGUGCUUUGUGGGUAUGAUUUAAAAUCUCAAAUGGUUUACUAUCACAAUCCGGAAGUGCAUGAUGAACAUGUUUGUCGCUGCACGACAGACGCUAUGGAUUCGGCACGUAAAGCAUAUGGCACUGAUGAGGAUGUGAUAUUGAUCUUCCGUAAUUAGAGACAAAUAAGGAAAACAUUGAAAUUUGUUUACGUUACCUAUAGACCGUAUAUGUAGUUAUUAAAUGCUUUAGGAAGAACACCGCUUUUUGUUAAAACAGUUAUUUACACUUAUAAUCGAAAUUUCGAAGGUGAGCGAAGGUUAGAUAGCUUUUGUUAACUUAACUAAAGAAUAUGUAUACCAAAACAAUUAUUCAUGAAACCUCAUGCUCGAGUAUUAGGGGGCCUUCUCAAACCUACCCCCGCCUGCAAAUAUACAGGUAAUUCGCACUGCAUUUUCAAGGCGAAGAAAGCAUUGUGAUAAAAAUAAGUGCAAAAAGUGAGUAUUAGCUCAAAACACAAUUUGUAGGUAUGUUUUAGGUACAAAAAUAUGAGGAGAGAGAGAGAGCUGUAUUAAUAUAUAAUAGAGCACGCGGAUAAAAAAAGAACUUAUGUUGAUUUUGUAUUAAACAAAAUCAAAACAGAUUAAGAGUAAAUAAAGACAUGAUGCCCAAAUGCAUUUGCUAUCUUUGUAAAAUGUAAGGGCAUUCUGAGGAAGCAACGUCCAGUGGCACUAAGAAAUGUUAAAGUUAUACUAUAGAAAGUGUACUACGGAGUGCACGAAAAAUAUGCGAAAUGUAUUCCCUGCUUUAAUUCUUCAAAUAAGAUAAAACAGUGGAUGUUUCGUUUUAAU